GGCAGUCGUUCUCCUGCGGGGUCAGCAGCAAGGAGCCCACGUUAGCGGCCCUGCGGGGCGGCGGGUGGUUGUUCAUGGCUUGGAGUUGUUGCGAAACGACGUUGUUUGUUGGUGCUAGCAAAGUGCUAAUGACGACUAUUUACAAAACAUCCAUGCGGGCUCCGGACGAUGUGGCCUCCGGCCGGAUCAUCUCCGCCGACUGCGGGCUGGAGGGCGGCCAAGGACUGGGCGUGUCCUGGGACUGCACCUGCCUCGAAAAGCAACUUAAUUCCUCGGUUAGAUUUUAAAUAAGUUAAAUUAUGGCCUCUGUUGUUGUCUUCAGGCACACAAACGCGUAAGUUUCAUCGUAAAAAGUCAAUCAGCCACAGCAGCGAUGCGUCCAUCCAACAUGGCAACGACAUGGAGCGUACCACUCUAGCUAGGUGGACUGUGGGCGGGGGUGUUCGAAAAAUGUCCACCGGAACUACAGCGAGGAAUAUGAACUCAGCGAACAUAAAAACUGUUACUAAAUAUAUCAAUUAAUGUUACGAUUAAUAAACUUGAAACAAAAUGUGAAACGCAAUUUGAAUUCGAUGUUCUAAUAAAGUGGUUUAGUCCGAGGAAUGCCGCUUUGCGGAGGCACUGGUGGGCGGGUUCAGUGUGACGUCAUAUGUGAAGGCCAGAUGGCGGACGCAGAGAUGUAAAUAAGAACCCCACAAAGUCGUAAAUUAUUUAAUAUUUCGUUCGCUAGGACUCCGCGUUUUAACGAACCCUUUAUAGCACAAACUGUGGAUAAAAAUAUGAACAAUAUUUGUCAUAAAUUUCGUGUAUUUCCGCGAGUUGUUUUUUAACACGAAAAAACUUUAUUUGUAUCUGAAUUUAACAAACCUAUUCAAUGAUAAAUGAUAUGUUAUGCGAUGUUUUGUUUGAAUGGUAACUGUCAUUAAAGGAAAGGGGGAGGGGCUUGUCGCGUUGUUGCCAUGGCAACGUGUAAACGGAAGCCCUAUUGUUGCUAACGGGACUAGGAUCAUGUCGGAGGAAGAGCAGCAGAGUCCAGCUGAAGGAAACCCCUCACAGGAGGACCCAGAAGAACCCCUUCAUGAGGAGGAGCAGCAGCAGGUUGACGGGUCGAAUCCAGUAGAGCAGCAAACUGAUGCUGAAACAGAACAACCCAAUAAUGAGGAAAAUGCAGAAGAGUCCACAGCUACAGAUGAGCAGCAGGCUGACGUUGUGACGGAUCAAUCCAACAACGAGGACAAUGUGGAACACUCAGCGGCGACAGAUGAGCAGCAGGCUGACGUUGUGACGGAUCAAUCCACCAACGAGGACAAUGUGGAACACUCAGCGGCGACAGAUGAGCAGCAGGCUGACGUUGUGACAGAUCAAUCCAACAACGAGGACAAUGUGGAACACUCAGCGGCGACAGAUGAGCAGCAGGCUGACGUUGUGACGGAUCAAUCCAACAACGAGGACAAUGUGGAACACUCAGCGGCGACAGAUGAGCAGCAGGCCGACCAGACUGAUCAGACCAACGAUGAUGAGGAGAAAGUGGAAACGUCAACAACGUCAGGGCAAAUGGCGGCCGACGAGGAAAGCCUCACAGAGCACGGCGUCCUUCCUCACAGCACCGUAACCGUGGAGACGACAUCAUCAGACCCCGACAAACACCCGCUGACAGCGGCCGACUUGAUCGCAGGGCCAGAAGCCAUGCCUGACGUCAUCAAUGUCAGCCUGCAGACCGAUGAUGGCGUGCUCCAGGAUGUGCCGGUGGAGAUCGAGCGUCCCCAACAGGAGAAAGCGUUCCUGGGCGGCUACAGGCACAAGCUGACGGGGGCCGAGUACCACCACGCCACCGCCCAGACUCGACCCAGGAGGAGGCCCGACCGAGGGGUGGUUGUGUUCAGCCGCGAAACGCAGACAGCGGAACUGGUCUCCGAGACCCAGCAGUCCGCCCCCAGCGUCACCACUCAGAUGACCAGCGUCGGCUGCUACAUCUCCAACCUCACCGACAAGCUGCUCAGCCCGGGAAGCUACCUCACCGCCGAGGAAUACCACAACACUAGACUAAACGCGGUGAUACGACUGCAGGCGCACACUCGCCGCUGGCUCAGCUGUCGUGCGGUGGACCGCCUGAGAAGGCAACGCGACCGCCGCCUGACUUGGAUGGACCUCCAGGAGAGGAGGCGACAGGAGGAGAAGGAGGAGCUCAUGCAGGACAGCCGCAACCGAUGGAUGCAACCGAAGAAGCGGGAGGACCUCAACCUGCUGUACCACGCCCUGGAGAAGUGGAGGAGCGACAAGGAGCAGCAGAUCAACACCACGCUGCGAGGAUCCGAGAGGAAGGCCGCCCUCUGCUCGCUGCUGGAGCAGGAGACGCAGUACAUCGCCACCAUCGGACGCCACGGCAUCGCCAUCAGGAGCAACAACUACAACAAAGCUGUGCGGAAGUUCCUGGACAAGUCGUCCACACCUCACCAGUGGCGAGCGGCAGACGGACGCCUGAUCGAGAUGGACACCCCUGACACCAUCAGAGCCAGGGAGCUGGGGGACCUCUACGACUGUGUGGCCAUGUCGCCCAUCAGCCAGGAGCAGCGCCUGGACAUCCUGCUGUGCCUCAAGCAGACUGUGGAGGAGCACCCGUGUCAGCUGACCCGGGACAUUGUGGACCUGAUCAACAGAGAGCAGGACCUCAUGAGACGGCACGUCAAGCCGGCCAACAUGGACGGUCUGAGGAAGAGACUCUCCACCCUCUUCCUGCAGUUCAUCAGGACUCCGGGAUUCAACCCUGAGGUGGCCAAGCACCUGAAGGUGCCCCAGAGCCCCUCCCUGCUGAAGAACGACGUGUUCCUCUGCCACGGCUGCCAGCGCUACCUUGGCUCCUCCCACUUCAAGUCCUGCACCAGGGCCCACCUGAGCCGCCGCUGCCUGGACUGCACCAGACUGAGGAACAUCGCCGGGAGCCGCGACGACUACUCCUGCUACAGGAGCAUGCUGAAGAAGCUCAGGGACAGCGAGCUGCUCCUCAGCAAGGACAACACCAUACCCUUCAUCCUGCAGGCGGAGGACCUGCAGUACCUCGUGGAGGUGAUUUGGGGCGCCCACUCGGCCCUCAGCGCCUGCAACGACCCCUUCAGCCUGGCCUUGGUGCGAUGGGAACGCCACAAGGACUGGAGCCCCUGGAACUGCAUCCUGCUCAGCAAGGAGGAGAUGUCGGCUCACCUGCAGGUGGAGGACGUUCACAAGGUGUACGACGCAGCCGUCAUCCACAGCAUCGAACACAAACACCUGCUGGCUCGCCGCCACUACAACCAGAUCCCGUCCAUGGUGACCCAAGCGUCCAAAGCGGCCGUCGGCAAACACGGAAUGUUGAACGCCUCUUCCCGCAUGAAGUGACGUGGAAUUAUUAUUAUUAUUAUCAUUUAUCAUUUAAUUCAUUGAUUUUGGCAUGCAGUUUUUAAAUAAAAUCCAACCCUACACAACCAUAUUUUUCACUAUAUUCCUAUAAUAUUGUAAUUAUUUU